GUCAAGACGUAUCAGAGUAUCCCCUCUGAUAGACCUUGCAGCGAUACGCCCCGCGACGCCGAAUAUCUCAAAUGGGGAAGAAGAGGACCCAUGCUGAGACUAAGGAUGGCUUCACGAAGCCCCCUCCGGGCCAGGACCGGGUGAAGAACGACAGGAAGGAUGCGCGCAAGGGUGGAGAUGCCGGGAAGAAGCGCUCUGCGUUGAUAUUCAAGGUGCAGCCAGAAUGGCACACUGUCGAGCUGCCGCAGCUUCCUAUUGCCGAGAACCCUACGAUACCCCCGAAAUACAUCCUGGAUGACCUUCACGCCUAUGCCGACGAGCUUCUGGAAGCCGAGACGACCGAAUAUGCCGCCUCUCACAUGUCUAAGGAUGCAUCGCACAAGUUCAUGUCCACUAUCAUGGCAUCCGGUACCAUGGAGGACAAGGUCUCAGCCCUGACACUGUUAGUUCAGGAGUCGCCGCUGCACACCACCAAGGCUUUCGACCAGCUGCUUGGAUUGUCGCGCAAGAAGAGUAGGAGUGCUGCCAUGAUGGCUUUGGCUGCGCUCAAGGAUUUGCUGGGACAGGGUGUUCUGCUGCCGCCGGACAGGAAAUUGAAGGCUUUCGCCCGACAGCCGGGCCUUCUGAGCGCGCUACAGGGAAAGAACAUGCACUGGAAGUACGGCGAGAAGUUGCCCGGCGAACUGCAGAAGAUCCACUUGAUUGCAUGGUCGUACGAGGACUGGCUGAAGAAGCAGUACUUUGAGAUGCUGAAGAUCAUUGAAGGCUGGACCAAUGACGAAGUCGAGUACUCGCGAAACCGCGCUGUGACCUUUGUCUGGGAGCUAUUGAAGGAGAAGCCAGAACAGGAAGAGAACUUACUCAGGCUGCUCAUCAACAAGCUCGGAGACAAGGAGAAGAAGGUCUCGUCACGAGCGUCGUACCUGCUUCUCCAGCUGCAGAUCACCCACCCUUUGAUGAAGAGCGUCAUCAUCAACUCCAUCGAAUCAGACCUCAUCUUUCGCCCGAACCAGAGCGCACACGCCAAAUACUACGCUGUCAUCACCCUCAACCAGACCGUGCUCAGUGUGAAAGAGCAGGAAGUUGCCAACAAACUGCUGGAGAUCUACUUCAGCAUCUUCCUUGGCCUGCUCAAGAAACAGAAAGAUCACGAGAAGGAAGAGAGGAAGAUUGCAGUGUUGAACAAGAAGGGUGAAGUGCAAGGCGGUGGUGCCUUACCCGGAAAGAUGGCGAAGAAGAAGGCCGAGAAGGAGGCCACGAUGGCAUUCAAGGUCGCGGACGAGUCGAGAGAGAAGUUGAUCUCCGCCAUCCUCACCGGUGUCAACCGUGCUUUCCCCUUCGCCAAGACCGACGAUGCCAACUUCGAGGAGCAGCUCAACACCAUCUACCAGGUCACCCACUCUUCAAACUUCAACACUGGCAUCCAGGCCAUGACUCUUAUCCAACAAAUCUCUAUCGCUAAGAACAUCUCCACCGACCGAUUCUACCGGACACUGUAUGAAUCUCUUCUCGACCCUCGCCUUAUUACGACUUCCAAGCACAUCAUGUACCUCAACCUUCUUUACCGGUCACUCAAAGCGGAUACCAGCAUCAAGCGCGUCAAGGCAUUCGUCAAGCGCCUACUUCAGAUCAUUCACAUGCACGAGCCUCCUUUCAUUUGCGGUGUCCUUUACCUUAUCAACGAACUUAUCACGACCUUCCCCAGCAUCAAGGCUAUGUUGUCGACACCAGAAGACAAUGUCGAUGAUGGUGAGGACGAGCACUUCGAGGACGUACCUGAGGAAGGCGAAGAGAAGGUGGAUGAGAAGAAGCCCGUUAAGCCUGCUUACGACGCUCGGAAACGAGAUCCUGAGCAUGCUCAAGCAGAUCUGUCAUGUCUGUGGGAACUGCUGCCACUCCAAGCACAUUACCACCCCUCAGUACAUGUCCUGGCAUCAAAGAUCGUUCACCAGGAACUCAUCAAGGAGAAGCCUGAUCCAACGAUCUACACUCUCAUGAACUUCCUCGACAAGUUCUCCUUCCGCAAUGCAAAGACCAAGGCACAAGGCGUACACGGCUCCUCCAUCAUGCAGCCUAUGUCCGGCACCUCCAAGGCGGCCGACUACCUCAUCACAGCCCGCGACGGCGACCGCACUCACGACCCUCUCAACUCGGAGUCCUUCUGGCGCAAGAAGGUCGACGACGUGCGCGACGACGAAGUCUUCUUUCACACCUACUUCGAAAAGGCCGGCAAAGCCAAGCAGGCCGACAAGAAGGCUAAGAAGAAGAGCAAGAAGGACGCGGACGACAGCGACGACGAGAGCGGUGAAGACGAGAUCUGGAAAGCGCUCGUCAAGUCGCGACCAGAGGUCGAAGGCGAUGGCGGCGACGACGACUUCGACGAUAUCGACAUGGACGACAUGAUGAGCGACUCCGACGCCGAAGGCGGCGUCACCAUGGACGAUGGCGUCGAACUCAACCUCGGCAGCGAUGACGAUGGGGAAGAGGCUCCUGCUCCUGCCGAUGACGACGAGGAUGACUUCGAGAACUUCGACCUCGACGACGAAGACGGUUUCAUGGACGACGAAGACGACAUCCCCGUUGACCUCGACAUGGGUGACGAAGAAGGUGACGACGGAAAAGACGGCCGGAAGAAGAAGAAGAGGAAGCUCAAGCAGCUCCCCACCUUUGCUUCCGCAGAAGACUACGCAAAACUUAUUGAGGAUGGUAGUGAGUGAGCCGAGCAUAUGGAGUAGAUGUAAUUACUGGUUAUGUAUAGGAUACCUGUGGAGCCAGCCGGAAAGGGUGUUAGGCUAUGAUGACAGGCGCAUCGGUACGUUCAUGGAGUUUAUUGCAUGCUUCUGGG